AUGCACUUCCCCGUUCUUCCCGCCGUCUCCCUUGUCUUUUUCGCCGCUGGUAUCGUUCACGCUGUCUCCUUCGAUUGGGAUUGUACGAACUCGCUGGGGACGUGCAACAACGCCUGCUAUGUCGUGAACCAUGGGCUCACCAGUGGAACGCUAACAUAUGACGCCAACAAGGCCAACCGCAGCCCGCGCCGCACGGCGUCUGGCUGCAACCGUAGGCCAUGCACCAACACGAACUACAACCAGUGGGGCAACUCGUGUGACGAGUACCCAUUUGCUAGCACACACGAGGGAGGUGCGGGCACGAUCCUGCGCUGUGUUGUUGACACGGACAAUCACAGCGAAGGAGGACAGCUCGGUAAUUUUUAUAAAACCAUCAAUGAUGGUGACCACACCUUCUGCGAUACACUCACUGCCAACGACGACGGCAGCGAGUUCCGCCUCGUGAAUGGCGCUUUCCAGAACGUCAAGCUCCGCCGCAAUAUGGGUUUUAUGGAUGCUGUGUCCCGCGUCUCAGGCAAGAAGUUCCGCGAGUUCGAGGACAAGAGUGGCAGAAGGCUUCUCCUGCUCAACCAAGAUGCGACUGGCGACUUCGUCGGCACCCAGGUUUUCAGCGAUGGCAACAUGAUAACGAUCACUAAGGAGAUCAUCUAA